AUGGAUGAGAACUACGAUGUCAUUGUAUUGGGAACUGGCCUUACCGAAUGUGUAUUGUCUGGUAUUUUAUCUGUUGAAGGAAAGAAAGUUCUUCACAUCGACAGACAAGACUUUUAUGGUGGAGAGUCUGCUUCGUUGAACUUGCUGCAGUUGUACUCCAAAUUCAAGCCAUCUUCCCAGAAACCGGAGUCGAUUACCGGCCGUGACCGUGACUGGUGUGUUGAUUUGAUUCCAAAGUUUCUAAUGGCAAAUGGUGAAUUGACGAACAUCCUCGUGCAUACAGAUGUAACCAAGUACAUUGAGUUCAAGCAAAUUGGAGGAAGCUACGUCUACCGUGGUGGACGGAUUUCUAAAGUCCCAUCAAACGAAAUUGAGGCAUUGAAAAGCUCCUUAAUGGGUAUUUUUGAGAAGAGAAGAAUGAAACGUUUUUUGGAGUUCGUUGCUGCUUAUGACGAAGAAGUUGCAUCUACUCACCAGGGAUUAGACUUGGACAAGAAUACCAUGGAUGAUGUGUACACCCACUUUGGAUUGGAGAGAGGUACUAAGGAUUUCAUCGGACACGCCAUGGCUUUGUGGGCUAAUGAUGACUACUUGAUAGAACCAGCUAGACCUACUAUUGAGAGAAUUAUUCUUUAUGUCCAGUCUGUGGCUAAGUAUGGUAAGUCCCCUUACAUUUACCCAUUGUAUGGAUUGGGCGAAUUGCCACAAGGGUUCGCAAGACUUUCAGCUAUUUACGGAGGCACGUACAUGUUAGGUACUCCAAUUGAUGAGGUCUUAUAUGAUGAAGAUAAAAGAUUUGCAGGAGUUGUUACGAAGGAGGGAACUGCGAAAGCCCCAAUUGUCAUUGCUGACCCCACAUAUUUCCCCGAAAGAGUGAAGAAAACUGGACAUAAAGUUAUUAGGGCGAUGUGUAUCAUGGAUCACCCAGUGCCAAAUACUCACGAUUUGGAUUCGGUUCAGAUCAUCAUCCCACAGAACCAGGUCGGUCGAAAGAAUGAUAUCUACAUUGCGGUUCUUUCCGAUGUUCAUUGUGUUGUCCCUAAAGGCUACUACCUCGCAAUUGUUUCAACGAUCGUGGAGACCUCGACUCCACACAUUGAAUUGGAGCCAGCUUUCAAAUUAUUAGGAACGAGACUUGAUACGUUGAUGGGCAUUGCUGAGUUGUACGAACCCUCCCAGGAUGGUUCUGAAAGCGGAAUCUACCUCUCUAAGAGUUACGACCCUUCAUCACACUUUGAGUCUACUACCGAUGACAUCAAAGACUUGUAUUUCAGGAUUACUGGAAAACCAUUGGUUUUGAAGAAAAGACAAACUGAAGAGGAAUUGAAUGGUCUUGAAUAA